AUGCCUGAAGAUGGUGACCAUUUUGGAAAUAACGUAUGCGAAAAAUGCGAAAAGCCGAACAUGGAAUUCACCGAUGAUCAGAAUAACUCUAUUGACAAUUCCACAGAUGAAGCACUGGAAAUUGAGAUAGAGACUCCAACCAAACCUCAAGUUUCCAAUGAGUCUGGCUCGAAAGCAAAGGAGAAUGUUUCAUCUGUAACUCAGAAGGUGGCAGAUGUUAAUUUGGGAUUCGAUGUGACACGUAGAAGAAAAGCUCAAGGGAUCCUUAAUAAUUGGAAGAUUCUGUUUACCGAUGAUUGGUCUGCUUCGGUGAAGAAAGUAUAUAAGCCCCAUCAAAUACACAACAGGAUUAGAAUUGUGCGAGUUAAGCAACAGCUUGACGCGAUUAAAAAUUCUGCGGAUCAGGUUGAUACAUUUCAGAAACAGUUCGUUGAUGAUAGUCGAAAACGUACUCCAGAUAAUGACGAUCUAACGGAUGAAGAAACCUUGAUGAAAAAGGUGAGAUUUGGGGCUGAAGCGAAAGACGAUUCGGGUAACGACGAACUACAAACAUCACCACUAGUUAAUAAUGAAACAUUAACUUCACCACAGUCUUCUUCUCCUGAGCUCAACGACCAAAAUGAAAAUUCAAGUAACAAAUUUAUUAAAACAUUUACAGACGGAACCCCUCUGACUGUUGCCGAAUUUGAUAUGAAUAAAUUCCGUAAAGAACUCAAUGGGAAUCUCUAUAAACUCCUCAAUGAUAAUCUUAAUGAGAACAUUCGCGGUGAAUUUCAAAAUGUUAAGAGGGAUAUAAAAAAGAUUAGACGUCAGAUGGAAAAGAUUGAUAAUACAGUGAAGUCUUGA